AUUUGUUGUUUUUUUAUGACACCUACUCCGCGUUUUCCUUUUAGAGGUUACUCCUUAUCUUCAUCGUUAUAGCUCAGAAGAUGAUAAUAGUGAUUUCUGUCUUUCUGUAUCAUGUGAUUAACGGAGCAAAGCGAGCUCGUCCCAUUAGAGCUGAAGUUAGCUAUUAAGCUAACUGUAGCAUUAGCUGGCAGUUACCCACAGCUGUUAGGUGUUUCAUAAACGAUGGAUCAGAAAAUUCCUUAUGACGACUACCAGCUCCCAGUGGUGUUUCUCCCCUCUUAUGAGAACCCACCAGCAUGGAUACCUCCACAAGAGCGGGUUCAUCACCCUGACUACAACAAUGAGCUCACCCAGUUCCUACCUCGCACAAUUGUACUGAAGAAACCUCCCGGAGCACAGCUGGGCUUCAAUAUCCGCGGGGGCAAAGCCUCACAGCUGGGAAUCUUCAUAUCCAAGGUGGUCCCAGACUCUGAUGCCCACAGAGCAGGGCUACAGGAGGGAGACCAGGUUCUUUCUGUGAAUGAGGUUGAUUUCCAAGAUAUAGAACACUCAAGAGCUGUAGAGAUUCUGAAAACUGCACGAGAAAUCCUGAUGAGGGUUCGCUUCUUUCCUUACAACUACCAAAGGCAGAAGGAGAGGACUGUACACUAGGCGGCAGCAUUAUCAGAGAGAGCGAGGUGGACUGACACAUCACUGCACCGUCAUCACCCUCCUCCCACAGACUCCGGCCUCCAUUCUGUCUCAGCUUCAAGAUGACUGAUGUAUGACUAACAGACUCAUUCACAGUCCCUCAUGUUAUACACUCAGUUUCUGCUCUAAUCUACUGUGAUACACGAUGAUUGCUACUCCAUCAGGAUGUUUCACAGAAAAUCCUUUUUAUAGGUUCUUGGCAUUCAGAAUUUAUAAGCAGAAGCUUUGCAGACAUAUUAUAUGAUAAAUUAUAGAAGCGACAUAUAUUUUUUGUCACGUAUAACAUUUAUAGACCCUGAAUAAUUUAACAAAGCAUUUACUCACUUUUCCCUUAUUAGAUUUUUCUUUGACAUAUACAGUAGGGUCUCAGACCUUUGGAACCUACUGGAUAGACAAGUUCAGAGUAGCACUUGACACUGAUAUAAAGUAGAGACAUAUUUCUAUGUAUAUGUAGAACAUUGUGUAUAAAAUGUACAUAUGACUUAGAUUUCAGUACACACUGACACAUACUGUAAGGUACAAAGACAGCAGGGCCUUACGUACUGUAAGAGCAAAUGAAAAGUGCAAGACUUCUGUUAGAAUUUCAACUAAAUAUCACUGUGAAAAUACUGUUUUUAAAUGUCCAUAACUGUGUAAAAAAUACACAGUAAUGUAAAUACAUUUCCAUGAGUGCUUUUAAGGGCCCAACAUCACUCUGAUCUUGUCAAGUAGCACAUUUCAAAAAAAAUGUUACUUUUU